AUGAGCUGCGUGGGAUCAACAAAGCUCCACAUCGCACAACAUAUAAAAUCACCAAACUUAUUGCCUGGUAUCCGACCGGAAGGGGGUCGGGACUGUGGACACGACAACACAUCCCUCCGACAGAAGACGGUCCACUUUUCUCGCCGCCGCCGCGUAGUCCCUGCCGAUAUCAACAGUUUUGAAUUUGAGCCGGUGACACUCCUCGCCAAAAGGGCCCAUGGACAAUGUCUCGUCUAA